AUGAAUUGGUUUUCGGAACAUCUAAGAAAAGAAGUGGGGAAUGGUGUACAUUCUCUUCUCUGGGAUGACCCUUGGAUGGAAGGAGUAGCUCUUAGUGUUAGGUAUCCUGGUCUUUAUGUGUUAACUGAAGAAAAAGAUGCAUUUUUGAAGGACAUUGUUCAUUUUGAAGGAGGAGAGUGGAAGUUUAAAUGGAUAAGAAGUUUAUCUCAAGAAGAACUGUAUUGGGAAGAGGAGUUGAAUGGUAAAAUUCAAGGUCUGAGUUUGAAUUUUGAUGGAGAGGAUAGAUGGGUGUGGUCAAGAGGUAACUAUUCAGUAAAGGAAGCGUAUGAUUCAAUAAUGGAAGGAAUGGUGGCUGAAGGUCAAUGUAAUUCUGCAGUUGUUUGGAAUGGCUUGGUGCCGCUAAAGGUGGCAGUUUUCGUGUGGAGGUUGAUUCAAAAUAGGGUACCAACAAAGGAUAAUUUAUUUAAAAGGGGGGUCUUGAAUGAAUCUCAAAUUGGGUGUGCAAAUGGGUGUGAAGCGGUAGAAAGUGCUUCACAUUUGUUUUUCGAAUGUCCUACAAGUGUGACAGUUUGGCAACAAAUCUUGGCGUGGUUGAAAUUAUCAUCUGCUCUGCAUAACAAUGUGUCGGCAAACUUGAACCAAUUUGCAAGUUUGUUAGGCAGUGGCAGAAUGAAGGAAGCUCGUUUAAGUGUUAUAUGGUUUGUGAGUAUAUGGGUUUUAUGGAAAAAUGAGAGGAUCUUUAAGGAUUCAAAUAGAACUCAGGAAAAUUUGGUAGAAGAAAUAAAAGUUGUCAUGGAAAUGGUUAACAGGCACAGCUAG